CCCUGUGGAGUCGACGGUUGUCACAACAGGAAGACCGGUGCAAACAUGGCGACUUUGUCUUGUCGAGUCUUGGCUUUCUUCGUGAUCGAAAGGGCUUCCUAAUUCCAAGAUCACCGAGUUUCUGCCAUAAUUUGGGCUCCAAGCGUUGUUUAGGUUGAGAUUUCCUUAUAGUCUUGAGUUCUUGGUUGCUAUACGACCAGCCAGUAGAUGCAGCGGGUUCAGAUGUCAACUUAUCAACAUGGCUUCCCACAGGUAGCUCAGGCAAUGGUUUCGAAGCUUGUUCGUAGCUCGGAAUCGGCUGUUAUUCUUAGAGUUAUAGUGAUUGUACAAUUUGGUGUGGUUCUUUUCGGAAUCGUGAAGCUGAAUGGCAUAGGAAAAGAGAAGUGGAUGAUUUCGUUUCUUAGGAGUAAUGGGGACGACGACACGUUCAAUACAAGACUUGUAAGCGAGUUUGACUUACCACCAUGGCUAAUGCAAGCAGCAUUUGGGCGAAAUAUAAGCUACGAAAGAGGAAAGAAGAUAUUAUUACCAGAAAUUAACCAUAAAAGAGGAGAAUUGUGUCUGCUUGUUCUUGUUAUUAGCACUCCAAAGUCACAUGGGCGUAGAGAAAUCAUACGUCAAACGUGGACACGGAAUAAACAUCAAAAUACCACUCUAGAAGGAGCAAAACAUUUUUAUGAUAACACCAAGGUGGUAUUUGCCCUUGGAAGAUCUGGUAACAAAAAUUUGGACCUUUUUAUUGAAGAUGAAGCAGAAUUGUAUAGUGAUAUAUUCAGAGGCGUGACUUUGGAAUCAUACCGUAAUCUCGUGUUCAAAGUGUGGGAUGCUUUUCGCUGGUCAAUUAUUUACCAACCAAAAUACAUUAUCAAGGUAGACCAUGACGUUUACGUGAAUUUGCCUAAGUUUUUCUCCUGGAUUCGCGAAGAUAAUAUUCCCCAUUUUUUAUACGCGGGAUAUUUGCAUUUUAAUGCAUACAUUUACAGGAAUAACGACAGCGCUCACUUUGUAAGCGAGGAUGAGUUCCAGGGAAAGAAAUUUCCUGAUUAUUGUGGCGGACCUUGUUACAUCGUAUCCGGAAAUUUAAUGCAGGAAAUGGUAAAACAAAGUAAAAAUGUGCCGAUGUUUAAAGUCGAAGAUGCAUAUACAGGAGUCGUGGCCCAUACGUUGGGAGUGAGACCUCUUGACGUAGGGGAAAGUUUGGUUCAUUGGAAUCGUUGGAGCCUGAUGGAAAACAUGAAAAACUGGACGGAAAGCAAAAUAAGAGAUUCGCUUUGUUUAGGAGACAGCGCAAACUCUCUUAUGAUCUACCAAAUCCAUGAUAUAUUUACUAAAAUAUACUCCAAGACAGACGCCAACACAUAACAACACAUAAAAAAUUCAUAUUACAUACUUGGGCUGCGCGUGAAAAUAUUUUUUAAAAUGACGUCUCUGUAGAUGCUCGUGUUAAAGGGGGUCUGAGGGCUGCCACGGAAAAUCAUUGGAAAAUCCUUACAUUUUUUUCAUAAACUCCUAAAACGCUAAAGUUAUGAUAUGGAACAUAAUGGAAUCGUCACUUGACUUUUGAGGAAAUAUUGGCUUUUUGGGGAGAAAAAAUGCAUUUUUUACGCGUC